CCCCCCGCUAUUGUGAUCGUCGGAAGGUUUGUCCCGUAAGUUAAAGCAUAAUGAGAGUCAUUUUAGUCUUAGGGUGUGUUUGAUCGGACGGGUAGCGUCGUCUCUUUUCUUGCUCUCUCUCUCUUCUGCUCGCCCCGCCCUAUCACUCUCUAAUGUCCUCUCUCUUUCAAACUCCUAACCAAAUCUCUCUCUGCAAAUCCCAGACUGUGAUCCUCUUACCUGUACCCACUUUCUUUUUCUCCCUAACCCCAAGUAUUUCUUGAGCCCUCCACCAAAUGGAAACCCUAGAAAUUUUUGACGACUCCUUUUCUUCUUUUCCUAGCCUGGGUACAAAAGCAGAGCUUUGAAUCCUAGACACCUUUAUAGAGUCCGCUUGUGCCUGCAUUCCGUUAUCCAUUUUGGGAGUCUCCAUUGCUCUGAGCCACAGAUAUAAUUGAACUUCGAAAGAAAUUAUUCUUGGUCCACAAACUUUGAAUCGUUAUUAAAGGCGGCUUUUUUUGGGAGAGGGAUAGAUAAAGAGCACGACGGACUCCUUAUACAUUUGAUCUAAACCGCUCAUUUGUUAGAGCUAUUGAAGAUUAGGUGUGCCUUAAAUAUUUCCCUCACAUAUGACAUAUAUCGGCCUCAUAUCAUAAUAGCUGAACGAACAGUUCAAGCAGGCUUAUUUACAACUCUCUAAAGGGCCAAACAUUCCAGGGUCAAUCAAACACAGUGCUAUUACUAUCUCUCUCUUAAAGUCCAAGCCUAGCUAUGUUGAAGAGACUAUCCAGCUUAGCCAUACAAUUCCACCAUUAUCCUCGUUCAAGCUCAACUCUCUUCCCCCCAAACCACGGUCACCCACAGUUUACAAUAAUGGAGAGAAAAGAAGCUCUGUUUGAGAGAAUCAGGGGUUUCAGUGGAUUGGCCAUGGCGAGUUCGGGAACUGGAACAAGCCUUCUUAGUCUAAAUGAUCUUAGAGAUAAUAAGGGAUCAAGAAAGAAGAAGACGAGGAAAGGAAGGGGGAUUGGGUCUGGUAAAGGGAAAACAGCAGGACGAGGUCACAAGGGGCAAAAGGCGAGAGGAACAAUGAAGUUUGGUUUUGAAGGAGGUCAGACGCCAUUGAGACGCAGGUUACCGAAGCGAGGGUUUAAGAAUCCAUUUAGCCUCACAUUUCAGCCAGUAGGCUUGGGAAAGAUCGCAAAACUAAUAAAUGAAGGCCGGAUCGACUCUUCAGAAUUGAUAACAAUGAAAACUCUCAAGGAAACAGGUGCAAUUGGAAAGCAAAUAAAAGAUGGAGUAAGACUGAUGGGUCGUGGUGCUGAAAAGAUCCAGUGGCCGAUUCAUCUCGAGGUGACAAGGGUGACUGUGAAGGCUAAGGAAGCAGUUGAAGCAGCUGGUGGAUCUGUUAGGAGAGUUUAUUACAAUAAGUUGGGAUUUAGGGCCCUUCUUAAACCGGAGUGGUUUGAGAAGAAAGGAAGGUUAUUACCAAGGGCUGCAAGGCCGCCUCCAAAGCAACGAGAUAAGGUCGAUAGCAUUGGCCGCCUACCUGCCCCGACUAAGCCACUUCCUCUUGAUCCUGUGGCCUCCUGAUCUCAACAACCAAAUUCAGCCUCCCCCUAUUUGGGUCCACACAAAAUUCUGUUGAUCUCUUCUUGCUUUUGUUGUUGAUUAGUAUAUGGAAAUUUUGUUUUGGGUUAAAAUAUAUGGAAAUAUUUAAGCAUGGAAUCUAGUUUUCAUUUAGAUAAUUUCUUUUCUUACGUGGGUAAUAUUCUGUAGGUUUAUUGGUUCUUGAGGGAGACCUUGCCAUCAAAUUUGACCCUUGUUUGGGUUUCAUCAGUCAGCUGGUAUGUUGAAAUAAUUGUGUUGCCUCAAUUCAUUAGAUUUUCUGAGCAGUUCUGCUAGGAUUAUCCCAACCUUUGAUGAUGGGUUGCUGGAAGUGGUCUGAUUAGUGACAUGUGGAACAGUUAACGUUGAGGUCGGGUUGGUUCUUUUGAUUUGUGGUUGAUCAUACUAUUAGGAGGCUGAAAGCCGAACAAAUAGGUGGAAAUGUAGCCAAGAUAUCUUGUCAGUGAUGCAUGGGCCUAAAAUGCAACCAUCACACAAAUGUGGUUACCCAUCAGUUUGAAUGAGAGUCUAGAUGCAUUGAUAGAGUUUGUCACUGGGAACUCAUGCUUUAUUGAGUUCUCAUUCACUCUCUGGCUUCCUAUAAUGUCAAACAAAUGAAACAAAUUUAUAUCCAAAUGAUAGAUGUCAUGCAUUGCCGAUUA